CGCGCCGAGUCGCGUUUUCAUGGAAUCGGGACGAUAAACCCAGUCUAUUUUAUGGCGACGAUCGCGUCGUUUCGUUGCACGUUGCCCAAUGCUGUCGCUGUUCUUCGCGUGAUAUGUUGCUCGCGGGAAAUAACAGUUCUUAUUUUCGACCACCGAUCAUCCAUGGACCGAAGUCACUGAAAGUGCUGGGAUUACUGUGCGGAAGUGUCUUUUAACGCGGGUUGCGAACGAUCCAGCCAAGAUGAAGGUUAUCGCGAUGCGUCUGUUCAAACGGCAGUCCUCUGAUACCAGUCCGCAGCUAGUUUCGGCAACACCGUUAUCACAAGAUGGAACGGCGCCUCCGGCAAUAGUCGUUGAGGAUUCUGACCGAACAAGAAAGAAAGAUCAAGACGAGACUGACGGAUCGGAACGAACUUCCACCAAAGAAGUAGCUUGCGAUCCUCAGAUAUCAUCUUCGUCGCAGACAUGCAUCGCCAAUCGCAAAGGAAUUUCAACAUGGGGAAGGAAAGUAGGUCGAAGAUGGGAUCAACUGAAGAGAUCGGAUAGUUCAGAGUUACUUUCAGUUUCGGGUCGAAGAAGACGAUGGAGUCCGAAUCGGAAAAACUGUGGCAAUAAUGUUACAGACGAGAAAGAAAAAGGCGUGAGUGUAUCUUCGCUAGAACCACCUAAGCCAAAGAGAAUCUCCAGAGUGGAAUCCUUGCGAAACUUAUUCAGGAGUAGCGAACGAAGUAAUAAUUUCCUAGGUGGUGACGUGUCGUCAAGAAGCGUAACGAUUCAAGAGGAGGAUAUCGCUGGCAUCAGUCAUUACCCAAUGGAAAAGGCUCUGAGCGAGGGAGCAUUGAAGAAGACACCCUUCCGAAUCAGUUCGGAUGACAGUCAGCUAGACCGCGGUACACUUCUUUACGAAAAGAAGAAGCAUCUGAGUCGCAGUAUACAUGAUCUCCAGGAGCAACAACGCGUUUUGGAUUAUAUUUUGAAGAACCAGGAUAUACUGAAGACGCAAGAAGGAUCGGCGUUAGCGAAAGAAACUUUAGACAAGGCUAAGCGGAGCGUCAGUCCGAAACGAACUAGUCAGCUAACGUCGGACGGCAGUAAAAGUAGCGUAUCGACGCAAACGAAAGAGUUCCUUAACACUCAAUUCAAUAAUAUUAAGAAGAACUUGUUCAAUAUUCGAACAACCGGCAGCAGCGAAUGCGAUAAAACCGACGCAUCAAGACCCAGGCCAGCAACAGGGUUGGAAGAUCUGAUGAACAACUUGCGACUAGGCUGCGAUGAAAGCGGUUAUGAUUCGGACAGUACUCGAGCUGGAGCAGAUUCUCCGGAUAGCGAGAAGUCUGUACCGCCGAUGUUGAAACCCCGUAGCUUCUCCAUAACAUCCGACGAUUACCAUGGAAUUGAUUUGUCAUUACCAAUGAAUACACCAUGUAAUACGGAAGCGGAGGCGGGAGCCGAUGAAAUCGAGACAGGUACUUCCCGUCUCGACGAAACUGUGGUUCUUGAUAAGAGCAUCUCAAACGAAUCCACAAGAACGAACAUGACUGCACUGAUCUCGGACGGAGAUGACACGGAUAGUUGCGACGAGGAAACUUUCGAAGGAUUCGCAGAAUUCCAGAUGAACUACGCUACGCAGUAUCCGAAGUAUGAUAACACUUUAACAAAAUGCAAUACUGGUCUUUCAAAAACAUCUACGUCACAUCCAUUUUCGACGAGUAAUAAUCUCGAAGAAUCUAAAACUUCUCCGACUGAAAACAGUGAACUGUCUAGGAUACCAGAGAAAGGAACGCUUCCUAAAUCCGAACCGUCGAUGUCAUUUUCGCAAACAGUAAAGAUACAGAAACCACAGAAAGUAACCAGGUCUCACAUACCAUUGAAAUCUGGCAAGUACAGGAGUCCUAGCAAUCUUAUUUUGUUGGACAAUGCAGCCUCUCCGUGCAAGGACAGUCCACCGGCAUCGAAAAUCUGUGCAACGGUCUCGACCGAUCCGCUGCAAUAUUACAGCCCGAAGAGGUCGCGGUCAACCAUGGAACGGGAUGACAUAGCCACUGUCAGUAAUAAAGUGAAGAGACCCGCGCAAAACAAGCAAGUUCCUCCCACGCCAGCGAAAACUCUCAUCCGUCGAGAAUUGAAGACGAUGAAACUUUCUAUCGACAAGCCGGGAAGUCUCGGUAUAUCCGUGGAAAGACGAGAAGCCGUAAGACCAUUUUAUGUAAUCUCGAAGAUGGACACAAGCGGGGAAGCAGCGAAGUCAAAGCAAUUCAGAAUCGGCGAUGAAAUUGUACGCGUUUGCGGGCGUAGGUUGCGCGGCAUGUCAAUCGCGGAAGCUAGAAGAGCGCUGCACGCCUGCAUUGGAACCGUGGAGUUGCAAAUCGCAAGGGAACCAACUUUCACAUUCGGGGAGGAAUUGGGUGAUACGUGGGGUGAUAUAUUGGUCCGGACUCGAAGCGACUCCGAAGUGUGGACACUGAAGGAAGAGAAACUCGUAGAUAUACCUGCGUCUGUCAAAACUAUCACGCAGGAAGGUCCGUCCAAGUGCACGAUCGUCGGAGCACUGAUGAAGGACGGAAAUAGUUCAUCUUCGAACGUGAUGGAGCGAAUUGAUAGCGAUUGUGAACUAAAAAAGGAAUCGGACCAAAAGAUGACUGGUAUGAGAAAGUUCCAGGUGGUGCGGAAACGUAGCACGAAUCCGGUUUCCUGUCCGAGAAGGGCGACUAGUCUCUCGAUGGACUUGUUGACCAUUACACUGGAAAAGGGCUCCGGAAAAAAAUUGGGGUUCUCGAUCGUUGGAGGAUCGGAUAGUAAUAAAGGAUCCAUGGGUAUUUUUGUGAAGGAUAUCAUGGCUGGUGGCCAAGCGGCCGAAGAUGGCACUCUUAAAGUUGGGGAUGAGAUUUUGGCGAUCAAUGGAUCAUCCAUGGAUGGACUGACGCACGCAAAAGCUUUGCAAACAUUCAAAGCUGCAAAAGCUGGGAAAAUGAUCCUCCACGUGGGUCGACGAGACCCAACGCACAAACGGUUGAGUUACAGGCGAUAAUAGUAUUGAUGGUUAUAAUACUCUGGAUACAUCAUUCAAUCAAAAUCUUACGAUUGUCUGGACAAAUUAUCGGAAACCGGAGACGAAUAAAAAGACCAAGCUGAAUCAGAUAAAUCAAAUUCACCCGUAAUUGAAAAAAUCUACACUACCUGUAUUAGGUUUUUAACAAACGAAUCGAAUCUGUUUUUGUAAAAGUUGUAUGUUAUGUACAUGUAUAAAUCAGAAUGUUAUUAUAAUUCAUAAACAUGUGCAUCAUAAAUAUUCAGUUAUUACAUGGCGAUAGUAAUCUCGAAUGAUUCAAUUUUUCUUCGAUGCAAAUGUAUAUAUAUAAUGUUUCGUCAUACUAUAGAAAAAGAUUUAAUGAAUAAUACGUAACCAACGUGUCACGCAUAUAAAUUGAAUGUUCAAGCUUCUUUUAUAGAAACUGUUUCUUUUUGUGACAGUAAUUGUGAUAUCGGUUAACCAUAUUUUUAACUAAAGAGAAGAUGCGAGUAUUCCUGUAAUUUCUGCUUCAGACUAAUGAGAUUAAUUAUUUCGCGGGCAACAUGUAAGUUUCAUUUGAUAAUUGAGACCUACAGUAAUUAAUUCUUAAUUAUAUUCUACUUAACAAAUCGAAUUUUUUUUUUCAUGAUAAUUUAAUUGAUUGCAAUAUAGGUCAUUUUAAGAGUAAAUAAAAUGCAUGUUUUGGUCGCGAUUAAUAUAUUAUAUUUUGUGUAAGUGUCAUAAGUUAAAUGGUUUGUUUCUAGUUUUUAUCUAGAAAGACUUAUUUGGUUCGAAUGCGUUUUUGUAUUGUAGCGUAAGCAGAUCAUUAUUGAUCAUAAGUGUAACAAUAGUAACUAUAACGAAAUUGUAUAUAGUCAUAUCCCGUUAGAUGUAGAACGCUAACACGUUGGAUUAUGGCUGUUUAAUUUAGUGUAGCGCGGAUUUAACGUAUGUUUUGUCUCGAAACAUAUUCUUUUUGUUUAAUACGUGCUAUACAAAGCGAAAUGCGGAGCAGAUAUGAUUAUCUAGGUUGAGUAUUCAUCCUUUACUCACUACUCAAUUAGUUAUAAGCAUAGUACUUAGUUGACUUAUAAUUUCCCGUUUAAGCUACUGAGACUGACAUUUAGAAUGUCUACCUGAGAAAUGCUGUGAUAUUCAUUGUAGUCGCAUUAGCUGGUAUCGUACAAACUGUAUUUAAAAUAAACCUGGUUUUGUUAAUAAAAGAAUGUAUACGGUUAA